AUGUUUUCAAUAAGAAUUUUCAGGUCAUACAAAAUCUAUACCAAAGAAGAAAUUUUGAAGCCACUGAUAGGUAGAAACCUUAAUCUUAAUAAUUUUUUUCAUUGUUUUCGUGAAGAACUACCUCUUUCCCAACGCUUGCCAGUUUACGUUUCACGACAAGGCUGCUUGCUGCCGGUAAUCGGAAGAGUUGUUUUAUCGUUCCGCGCGUCAACAUUGCAAUUGAAAAUUUCAAAAUAAUUGAAUUUUCUGGCCGACUCUUGGGCGAAAGUCCUAGUUUAGCUCUGAAAACAUUCCGAUUGGUCUAUAAACUAACUUCUAGUACUGCUGUGAGAUUUCUUUCAACUCUAUCUCCAUUUCUCUGUGAGAAAAAACCUGGAAUCAAAUUGAGCCAGGCUGAUCAGCUCUCCACUUGACUCUAGUAAAUUUUGCCGAAUAAACAUCUUUGAAUAUCAUCCUUCCUUCCUCGGGAUUCCAUACAUUUGUAGGAUGUCGGCUACAAGGAGUUAAAAGGUUAGGCUGAUUCAUCACGCUAUUUUAAUGUAUUUUAGGUAAAAACUACAAAAGUAUAUUUGAAAUCUGCUCGCAAUACAGAAGUCAAGGUGUAGGCUUCCAAUUUUGGCGAGCUACUUGGCCUGCUGAUUCAUAUUAUAUAAUCACAAGAAUCGAGUACUCUGAUCCCAGACAUGGAAAAGUUUGGGGAAUCAAAACUUGGAAAGGGCUGAAAAGUGAAACGGAAGAGCAAAUAAGAUCGUCACUCAAACUAGGAACCUGGAGGCAUAGGAUUCCUGCAUCACAUCCUGAGCUCAAAGCAAAUGGGAUUUCCUUAAAGAUAGAAAAGGAAGAAAAUCAAUAA